ACGCGGUUCGUACGGCAUUGCACCGCACAUCGAACGAGCCCGAGAACCCCACCACCGCGACAACCCGCUGCCGCUGCCGCUGGCCGGGCGUUCCCCGGACCGUAGCGAGACGGGACCGACUCGUCGCAGGGCGUGGUGGAGGAGGUCUGUGUCUUCGCGGACGGCGCCGGCGGAACGGAAGGAGCGCGGGCAAAGAGACCACCAUGCCGGAGCGGCCCUUCCGGCCGGAAAGGCCUUUGCUUGCACUCGCAAUGGCACUCGCGGUCGCGAUCGCUGCCCUGGCCCGCGGCUGGCUCUCUUGCGGACCGGGCCCGGGGCGGCGAGGCUUCCACCGGUGGGCCGAGGCCCUGUCCCCGGGACAGCGCUCCGCCCUGGUGCGUGCGAGGAUCCAGCGCGGGAUGCGGCUGUCGGAGGAGGCGGGGCGCAACGUCACCGCCGCGGAGGAAGCCUGCGCGGUCUGGGAGAGGGUCCUGUCCUCGACGAAAACGGCGACAACGACGGCGACAACGACGGAGGAGGACGGCGGGGGGGAUCCUCCGUCCUCCCCCCAAAGGGUGGUCCUCGCCCCCGGGGUCCGCUCGCUCUGCGAGACCCUGUACGCCUCCUGUCUGGUGCGGGUGGGCCGCGACGCGGAGGCACUCUCCGUCUACGAUUCCUGCCUGGAAGGGGCAAGCGACCCUUUGGCGGCAGCGGGCUCGAGGCUGGCGAGGGCCCGGUGCCUGCAGCGAUUGCUCGAGUACUCUUCCGCCGCGGACGAGUACCUGCGCGUUUCCGAAAGCCUCCACCGGCCCGGCGAGAGUGAGAGCGACGCCGCCGCUGCCGCCCUCGAGAAGGAGGCCCGAUCGGGGGCCGCCGCUUGCAUCCUGCGGAGCUCUUGGGACGUGGGCCUGGCCCGGAGGGUUCUGGUGCCGGAUCGAGCAGGAGCACCGGACGACGAGGCCCUUUUGCUGUCCUCCUGCCUCGGGUACAUCGAGACGGGCAGGCCGGGAGGCGUGUCCGAGGCGCUGGGAAGCGUCCUCGGUGCCGGCAACCCUUCCGAUCGGGGGGCGCCGGCCUUUUUGUUGUACCGGUGGAUUGCGGGGGUCCUGGGGCAGUUGCACCGCGGCCGAGCCAUCGGCCCUCCUCCCGGCGGCGGAGGACAUGGCACGAAUCCCGAAGAGCUCUUCGGGGAGCUUGUUCGAAUCAACACGUCGCCCCUCGACGAUCCCGAUCUGGUCCGACUGGACGACAAGAUCGAGCUCCAUUAUCUGCUGACGGCACCCCACGAGGGAUUGCCGCCUCCCGACUACUGGCCCGAGGGGCUCGUCCUGCCCGAUUCGGCGUCCAAACCGGGCCAGAGGGCUACCGGUCCGGAGAAGAGGAGCGACGUCCCGGCAGCCAUCGGCACCGCCGGCCAUUCCGGCAAAGGCCCCCUUCUCUGGAUAUCGAAAAGCAGAGCGGGGUACGGGUCCCACGGAAAUCGAAUACUGACCUUUGCCGAAGCGAACGAAGAGGUCGAGAAUGCUCUCUUGGUCCGGGAACACAACCAGGCCGGCAACGAACCACCGGCAAAGGACCGCAUCGAUCGAGUAGAAAGAGCCGAACCCUAUCUCCUCCAGCGCAUGGUCGAGCCUCUCUUGCUACUGAGCGGAUACAAAUUCUCCCUGAGAAUAUACGUGGUGUACUUUUCUUCGAGCGAGGCAUACAUUUCAUCGGAGGGAUUGGUCAAGCUGGCCUCCACCCCACUCGUCGUGUCUGUUUCCGGAGAGGAAAACGAGACCGGGGGGCACACCGGCGAACCAACGGCGGUGUUGGGCCGCGAUGUUCGAACAGAUCCAUCGAUGCACAUGACGAAUUCGGGGCGGGAGGCCGCAAUGCGGCAGGAGGAUCUCGGUUGCUUGUGGAGAGCAUUGGACGGCGAGGACAACAGCAGCAGCGGCAGCAGCGGUGCUUUCGAGAAAGGCCGCUCCUCGACCGAGCUAUGGGAAAACAUCCGUCGGGUGGCGGCGGACACGCUUAUGGUCCGGUACCCCAAACGAAUUUCCGGUCUCGACGGCGAACUGGAUUCCGGAGUGCUGGAACGGAAAGAAAGGUGGAGGGGUCGCAGAGAGGAACUAGGGAUUCCCAAGAUACUGGGAUUGGAUUUCGUGGUGGAAGCACACCGAUUGCAACCCUGGCUGGUCGAGGUGAAUCGAUUCCCCGGCCUGGAGCCCCGAGACGAUGCGGAUCGCAAGAUCAAGUACCGGGUAGUGAGGGAUGCCUGGAAAAGAGCAUCGGAACGCCUCGACGCGCAGCCCAUGGGCGGGGGCGGGAACAAAGAAGAACGCGGUGCCUUCUUGGACGAAAGCAUGUUCGACUCCCUUUCCCGCGACGGUGACAGUGACCAAGCAUCGUCACUCGAACGACUCGAAUGCAAGAACUAAAACGCUAGUCGCUCGAUUCGAAGAAAGCAUCUGGCGUUCCAUCGAGCAGCUGUUGAUUCGAUCUCCUUGCCCGUUCGCUAUUCAUUGUGGCUGUCGAUGCGACAGUCGUGACCAGAAAGAAUCACAAUUCGGACAUCCAUGAUUUCGUAAAGUCUCUUUUUUUUUAAACCCACAACAAUUAUC